AUGAGCGCCGACUGCCUCCCAGCGAGAGCCACCCUCCAGCUGAAGCUCGAGUCCUCCACCCCCGGCCGCCCCCCGCACAGACCCGCUGCCUGCCGCACACCGCAACCCCCUUACAAAUCCUGGUACUCACCCGCCGACGCCCCAGAUGCCAGCACACCCCCACAAGGGCAACCCACCUGCCACCCCCGGCAUCCUCCCCGCGCCACGCAUCCGGCCGCACCCCCCCACCACCUCGGCCCCCCCACUCCCCCCCCACUCUAUGCGGCCUGA